AGAAGGGGGAGCAAAGCAGGGUUUUGGAUGCGGCCCCGUCGUUGAUCAACUGUAUACAUUUUCUUUUACUUUCUCUCUUUUUCUCAGCAACCAAGCAGCCUCGGUCUAAUUCGAAGCAAUGCAAUCUCUCUACGGCACUUUAUUUCGAAGACAAAAUCUAAACAUCUCUCAUUUCAAAUCCACUUUAGCUUAUUUAGCUGUUACUGAAAGUAAAAAUCAUGGAUUAACCCAUUUAAACUCAAAUUCUUCGCCUCCAAAUCGAUUCCCUGCGUCAAUGACUCAGCCUUUUCGCUUAUCUCACUACUUCUCUCCAAAAUUUGGUACUCAAACGGAAACGGCGACGUUCUUGAAUGGUAACGGGAGAAGCUGUAGGAUGAAUUUGUCUUGCUAUAGGAGCAUGACAACAGUGGGAAAUCCGGCUGAAGCCUCUUCAGAAGAUUCGUCCGCUCCUGUUGCGGAUGUUCCUCCUCGCAUCAAAUUCAAGAGACUUGAUAAAACAGCCAGGCAUAUAAUGCAGAUUUUGAAUAAAGAAGCAGUGGAGGAAGUAAGGGGACAGAGGGAGAUACCUGAUAUAAAGCCUGGUUAUACUGUGCGACUCAAAGUGGAAGUGCCGGAGAAUAAGCGGCGUGUUUCGACUAUUAUAGGCACUGUUAUAGCUAGACGGAAUGCUGGUAUACAUACUACUUUUAGAUUAAGGAGGAUGGUUGCUGGUGUUGGAGUUGAAUCCUUACUUCCACUGUACUCACCUAACAUAAAGCAGAUAGAGGUGCUCGAUGACAGGAAGAAAGUGAGGAGGGCCAAGCUUUACUAUUUAAGAGACAGGAUGAAUGCACUUAAGAAACGUUAGCAAGAUCUAUAUCUAGAGGGAGAUCAAUCAUCCAUUCCUCAGGAAAGAUGGUGGUGGAUUUGAUCAUCCUAGCAAGAAAAGUUGCAGACUGUUUGUUUUCCAACUCCUUUUCCAUGUUAUUAUCAGGUUUAAUUUAAGGACCUUUUUUGAAA